AGAUCCCUUCCAACUCUAACCACUCCAUUAGUCUAUAAGUGGCCAGCAGAGAACUGCACAAGGCAGUGUGGACAUCCUGCUCUUUACCACCGCUGAGAUGACCUCAAACGCUUAGUAGCAUCCCACCAAGUGCCCUUACCCUUGGGUUAACCAGCACCCGUGGGCUGGUGGGAGGUGUCCCUGCUGGGGACAAGGGGGUUGGAACUUGAUGAUCUUUAAGGUCCCUUCCAACUCUAACCAUUCUAUGAUCCCACCCGCUUCCCGGGUGUGAAUUCCAGCCCAUCGCGUUCGUAGAAACACGAGUAAAACGGUAAACGGGAGCUUUUCCUUUCUCAGUCAACAGAAGGGGAAGGAAAUGAGGCGACAUGUCUGAGGGCAGCAAGGGGAGCUCGUUGGCCUUUGGCCAGGUGGUGAUCGGGCCUCCGGGCUCCGGGAAGACGACCUACUGCCAUGGCAUGCAGGAGUUCAUGGGCAGGAUCGGGCGCAAGGUGACGGUGGUGAACCUGGACCCUGCCAACGAGGCCAUGCCCUACCAGUGCGCCGUGGACAUCGCCGAGCUCAUCACCCUGCCCGACGUGAUGGAGAACCUCAAGCUGGGACCCAACGGGGGGUUGAUCUACUGCAUGGAGUACCUGGAGGCCAACUUCGACUGGCUGCAGGAGAAGCUGGCUGCGUUCAGGGGUCACUACUACUUGUUUGACUGCCCGGGGCAGGUGGAGCUCUACACCCACCACGAUGCCCUCAAGAACGUCUUCGCGCAGUUGGCCAAGUGGAAUUUCAGGCUGGCUGCGGUGCAUCUGGUAGAUUCUCACUACUGCACGGACCCUGGCAAGUUCAUCUCUGUUCUCUGCACCUCCCUCUCCACCAUGCUGCACGUGGAACUGCCCCACGUCAACAUCCUCUCCAAGAUGGACCUCAUCGAGCAAUACGGCAAGUUGGCUUUCAACCUGGAUUAUUACACAGAGGUCCUGGACCUCUCUUACUUGCUUGACCAUUUAGCUUCGGACCCCUUCUUCAGAAAUUACCGCCGCCUCAACGAGAAGCUGGUGGAGGUGAUUGAGGACUACAGCCUGGUGUCCUUCGUUCCUCUCAACGUCCAGGUGAUGCAGCAGGAGGAGCAGGGCAGGGAGACCAAGGAGUGUUGGAUACGUAGGAGCUGGUUAUGUCUUUUUUAGAGCCAUGAGGGCUGAAAAACCUCAGCUGUGAAGAGACUCGGGGAUGGAGGAAGACGGCAAAACACACCCAGACUUGUAAAUGAUCUGUGGCAGCCAAAGGAAAAGAAAAGCCCAACGAGCUUGGGGCUAUGUGGGCCUUGUGUCCCGGGGUGGGGAAUUAAGACUCCCCCUUCAUUCAGCUCUUCUGUGCCUGCAUUUCAAAUCUGAGCGAAGCAUCAACUAAGAGCGUCCUUAAAUUAAGGGGCGCAAAAAUAAUUAGAAGAUGGGGAGGAAUGCAUUUGGGAGCAAGGGCUGAAAGUGUUCAUCUGGUAGUUGGCAGAAGUGUCAGCAGAGGCAAAUGGGCUGAGGCAAGAGGGGAUGAAAGAGAGGGAGAGGGUGGAGGGUGUCAGCCCGUGGUGUAUUCGGGCUCCUCGUGGGGUGCCCCUGCUUGUCCUGUGGCCCCUCUGGGCUCGGGGAGGCCGGCGGCGUCCUCGGGGCCUUGGGCUCUGCGUGGGUGGCCCAGAGCCUCGGAGAAAAUCCAUGGUGAAGCCCAGCAUGAGCUCCUGCCUCCGGGGAAGGACAGGAUUUCCCUGUGUGUCAUCUCCCUCCCUUUCAGGAUAAGGAGAGCAUGCGGCGGGUGAUGCAGGCGGUGGACAAAGCCAACGGCUAUUCCUUCGGAGACCAGGAGCAGAGGAGCCUGGAAGCUCUGAUGUCGGCAGCAGUGGGAGCUGAUUUCCACUU